AUGUCUGUUCUCCAGCGUGUGGCCAAACCGAAAACUCGGAGGGGCAAAAGGGUGCUAUUGAAGAAAGAACCGCAAGUGAUUGAAGGACCCAAGCGGGCUAUAUUUUUCAAAGGAAGAAAGAGUUCGGAUAAAUUAAGAAGUCUACUCAAGGAUUUCUAUGAUUUUAAGAAACCUGAUGGUGUUAAUUUGUCCAGAAAAAAUGAUAUAACCAUUUUUGAGAAUGUCAAACCUGUGGAGGAUUUCUGUAGAAAACAUGAUGCAGCUUUGUUCAUGAUGGGCUCCCACAGUAAAAAGCGCCCUGACAACCUAGUAGUAGGUAGAAUGUUCAAUGAUACACUACUUGAUAUGGUGGAACUAUAUGUAGAAUCUUACCAAGGUCUCAAGGAGUUUGCUACUUCUAAGAUCACACUGGGUAUCAAACCAUGCCUUUUGUUCAAUGGGGCUCUUUGGGAGCAAUCACCUGACUUGCAGCAGUUGAAAUCCAUGUUUAUAGAUUUUUUUCAUAGAGAAUAUGUAGAAAAUGUUAGGCUUCAAGGUAUAGAACACACUAUCAGCUUCAAUGCUACCCCAGAUGGUAAAAUUCUGGUUAGGUCCUAUAAGGUAUUACUCAAGAAGUCUGGUAUGAGAACCCCUAGAGUGGAACUGGAAGAAAUAGGUCCCAGGGUAGAUUUCUCACUCAGACGUACCAAACUGGCAGAUGAAGACUUGAUGAAGGAAGCCUGCAAGAAACCAAAAGAACUCAAAGUCACCAAGAAGAAGAACAUCAGCACAGACAAACUUGGCACAACUCAUGGUCGCAUACAUCUUGGCAAGCAGGAUGUCAUGAAAUUACAGACUAGGAAGAUGAAGGGGCUCAAAAAGACUUCUGCAGAAAGGAAAGCAGAAAAGACCAAGCUCAAGAAGGUGUUUGCUGUGAAUAAUGAGAUCAAUCAGGUAGUAUCACCAUUUUAGUGGAUGCAAAUGAAUCAAGGUGA